AAAGAAAGUGAUACCAAAAUGAAUACCUAUAAAUUUAUCCUGUUUCUAAGCUUAGGCUUUUUAAAUCGGAUGGCUGAAUUGGAGGGCCAUGGUAUGAUGUUAAGUCCAACCGGCAGAUCCUCGCGUUGGCGAUACGAUACCUCGGCGCCAACAAACUACGAUGAUAAUGCAUUAUAUUGCGGGGGACUUUGGAAACAAACCGAAAAUGACGGCAAGUGUGGACUGUGUGGGGAUGAUUGGAGCCUGGAGCAACCGCGACCCAAUGAGUUGGGUGGAAAAUAUGGCAGUGGAGUGAUUGUUAAGAGCUUUGCCGGCGUAGCUGAAGCGGAAGUCAUUGUUAAGAUCACAGCCAAUCAUCUGGGCUACUUCCGGUUUAAUAUCUGCAAUUUGGACGAAAAUGGCAGCGAGUCGGAGGAUUGCUUUAAUCAAUAUCCCUUGAAUUUCGCCGACGGUAGCCAGAAGUACUACAUCAACACAACCUAUGGCGAUAUCACAGUAACCGUGAAACUUCCCAACAAUCUCAACUGCAUUCACUGCGUAUUGCGCUGGACUUACACGGCGGGAAAUAAUUGGGGUGUUUGUGAGGAUGGAACGGGUGCCAUGGGCUGUGGCGCCCAGGAAACCUUUAUAAACUGCGCUGAUAUCAGUGUACUAUCCUCAGCGAGAAGUAUAUUCCAGGAGGUGCCCGUGGAGGUGGCGGAAUCGAUAUAAGGUGGUUGUUAUCAGCGGUGGUCAAUCGAACAAAAUGGUUAGAGUCACUAAAUUAUAUACCUUAUUUAUUUUUAUGUGUU